UCUACUUUUGUGUCCCCAACAUCUUCCACAUUCUCUUAAUUCUUCCUUGCCUAGUACUAAAACUAAAAAUGACGAAAUGUUUUUCAAUUCCAAAAUUCUUCACAAUUUCACUCUGGUUCACAAUCCCAUGGAAAGUUCACGCUAUAAAAGACCUGUCAAGUCUCACCGACUCUUCCCCAGUGGCUGACUCGUCCCCCAAAUUAUCCUCCGGAUGGUCAAACAACGCUACCCGCAUCAGACUAACCUUUUCCGCCGAUAUAGCCGUUUCCGUGAAAUAUACUUUCCCUCAUCCUGCCGAAGUAGUGGAAACAUUCAUUCCACGAAAUUUUAUACCAAGCUCAUUCUCCAACUAUGAGAAAUACCCGUCCACUGAUUCCAACAAUGAUUUGCCCCCUAACCAAACUCUUAAACGGAAAAGAUCUCCUCUUUCAGCAAUGGAAAUUAAACUUAUGCAGAUCAUAAUUCCAAUCCCGUACACAAACGUUGAACCAGAAGCGCUCGGAAUGGAGGGUCGAAACCUGAGAAAUCUUUACAUUUCGUUUGGAUAUGAUCCCCACGCUGGGCAGUAUUGGAUGCACAGGGUUUUCAUUCAGGGAAUGGUAUCAGAAUUUGGAGCAAAAUAUUUGGAGAUGAAACCCAACGGAACCAGACAGGCCAGAGCGGACGUGGGGAAGCAAUCUUACUGCACCGAAAUGGCCUGGUUUUUUGAACGACUUGAUUAUGGACGCUAUGUAGAGGUCAUUUUUAAAUCUCUUACUUUCCAACUGUUUCCGUAUAAUGAUGGGGCUGAAUUGAGUGGCGUUGUCUCACCUGUCGGAAGUGAAGAUGAAGUGGAUACGGAUGAGGACGACAGGUUAUCAGGCCUGCCAUUGCUGCUCAUCGCGGGUGGAAUUGUUGGAGUCCUGCUCGUUGGAUUUUUCUGUGUUCUGAUGAUUUGCAGGAUUCUAUUUGCAUAAUAAAGAAGUGGAAAAUUUGUUCAUUAUAAAAUUUGCUGAUACAAAACCGUGAUAACUGCAUACAUAUUUAUGUAUAAAUAAGAAUGGUUAUUGGAAAUCGUUUUAUAAAUAUUUUACGGUUUUGGGGAUUUGCAUUAUACGGUUGUUUUACCUGAUUUGUUAUGACAUGGUUAUGGCUCACGAUUAUUUUCUUUAAGAAAUAGUACGUCAUGUGUAUAUGUAUAACUUCAUACGUAUUUGCAUACCAACAAUAUGUGUGCAUUUGUGAGGACGAGAAAUUUCUGAUCUGUACAUAUUUACGUAUUAUGUCCCCGUUUACUUAUCUGUCUCAAAUUAUGGUCAAACUUCUCUUACAUACAUACAUAUCUAGUAACCAACAUUAUGUACUCACACAAUAUUUGCUUUACAAUCUCUCUGUAUUCGUAAAUAAGAUAUUCUUUGAUGCAUAUAAACAUGUUCCACAAUAACGGUCUUCAUUCAACCUUUUUGUCCGAUUCAUUGCACACAUUCUGUCAUAAUCAGAGCCCAUGGUUUAUAAAUUAUUACCGUUCUUAUAAAUAUGACAAAUUUUGCAAUGUAUCAAUUCUUCCUAAUUUCACUUUGGUUCUUAAUCCCAUGCAAAGUACAAGCUACGAUUAAACCGCUAAACCAGACUAACCUUUCUCCGGUGGAAGAUUUAUCACCCGAAUUAUCCGAAACCCGGGGAUGGUACAAUAACGCUACCCGCCUCAGAUUAAGCUUUUCGACCGAUAUUCUAAUUUCCGUGCAAGAUACUAACCGUAAUCCUAUCGAAGUAGCGGAGACUUUCAUUCCACGAGACUUUAUACCCAGCUCAUUCGACAACUAUCGCAAAUAGAAAAGAUCACCGGGUACAGACGACGGGAAAAUUAAACUCAUGCAGAUCAUAAUUCGAAUCCCGUACACAAACAUUGACCCACAAGCGUACGGGAAGGAGAGUCAGAACCAGAGAAAUCUUCACAUUUCGUUUGGACACGAUCCGAAAGCUGGACAGUAUUGGAUGCAUAGGGUCUCCAUUCAAGGAAUGGUGCCAGAAUUUGGAGCAAUAUAUUUCGAGAUGGCACCAGAAGGAUCUCGACCAGCCAGGGCGGACGUAGGCAGCCCAUCACAUUACAAUGAAAUGUAGUAGUAGUAGUAGUUUAUUCAUUCAUAGAUUGAUAUGGCGGCGGCCUUUACAAUCAUAAAUUAUAUAAAAUAAAUUACAUAUGUAUGUAUGGUCUUGAUCUAUGGGCGUACAAACGUUAAUAGCUAGGUUAAGAACUAGAGAGCUAAAAUUUUACAAUUAACAAGAUUCAUUCCUUGUUUCAAUUAUGCAUUUGAAAAACAAAUAUACACUUAACAUUGUUUCAGAGCUUGGGUUCGAUAGAAAGUUUACACAGUCAUCUUCAUUAAUAAAUACUUUCCCCAGGUAUUUAGUUCUUAAAUAAUUGUAUUUUGGGCAUAAGAAUAGUACAUGGAAAGUAUCCUCCUCCUUCUCACAAUCACACCGUUUACAAUGGGUCAUCUAUUUUAUUAUAAAAGUACUCUAAUUUUGCGAAUUUUAUAUUUAAUUUACCACAUAUAAUUUGGGAUACAUUUGCUCGACAUUGGAUGAAGCAUCUUACUAUAGGCCACGCUAAGUCAUAAUUCAUAAAAUCAAAUUGUUUAAUAUGUGUACAUAUCUUAUUAUAAUAUGACAUUUCUUUACUUUGUUGCAUAGAUUUUAUAUCAUGCUUUACAGAUUCACUACAGAUUAGACCUAUUGAUGCAUUUAUUUUAAUAUAUUUUUGCAUACAUUUAUCCAGAUUAUAGCUUUCAGGUAAAUUACAUAACAAAUCCUCACUCUUCCAUCUUAUCAUUAAAUUGCUAAAAUUAUCAUACCAGUUUGAUUUAAUACCUGACUUGGGUUUAGAAGAUUUUUGUUUUAGUGAUUCGUAGCACUGUCUGAUAAGAGAGGAGUGAGGUGAAAAGAUGAUCUUCUCCCAGAAUUUUAAAGUAUUUUUUACUACAUUUAUCUCGAUUGACAUUACAUUAGCUUCUAACCGUAAGAACCAUGAUGGUGUUUUCUGUGGUACAUAAAAAAUAUUUCUCAAAAAUUUAUUUUGGAAUAUACAGAGCUGUUGCAGAACGUCCAUUACAAUGAAAUGGCGUGGCUUCUCGACCGACGUGCGAACGGACGCGUUGUAGAAGUCAUUUUUAAGUCUCUUAGUUUUCAACUGUUUCCAUAUAAUAUAACUUCUGAAGAAAUGAGUGACAUAACGUUAAACCCCACUGCACCUGAAGAUGAAGUCUAUCUGGACAAGGACUGGAAGUUAUCUUUACCCUCCAUGCUCCUCGUCGUUGUUAGGACCGUGGGAAUCCUGCUUGCUGGAGUCUUUGGUUUCCUCGCCGUUUACAAGAUUCGAUACGGUAAUUCGAAAUCGAAAAACGUGUUUGUUACAAAAUAUGCUGAUAACCGUGUUAACUACAUAUAAAUAAAUCAAUGCAUGAUACAUAUGUACGUAUGAAUUGAUUUAUGAUAUGAAUUUAUCGUUUAGCCGUUUUUUAAAUGUAAAAUGUAAACUAUACAUGCUCUGCGAAUAAAAUUUAAACUCCAAUGCAUAAAUAUA